CGAAGACUUUUCUUCUCCCCUCUCUCUCCUUUGCCUCCUAACCCUCCAUCUCCAAGACCCUUCUUCUCUCCUCUCUCACUUUUCUUUUCCUUAUGCUCGGGGACCCUCCAUCUCCAAGACCCUUCUUCUCUCCUCUCUCACUCUUCUUUUCCUUCUGCUAGGGGACGGCCGAUGGACGCUGUUCAUCUGCUCGGGGACGGCGACGGCGAGGCGAUGAGGACGAGAUCUGGGCGAGGCGGCUGCGCGAGGCGAGGCGGCUGCGAUGAGGACGAGAUCUGGGCGAGGCGGCUGCGCGAGGCGAGGCGGCGAGGAAGGCAUCUGAACGGGUCACGGCCGACGAGGAAGGAUCUGCAUGGCGGCAAGGAACGGAGGUAGGCGGCGGCCGUGAGGCGACAAGGAAGGGAGCUGGGCGGCGGCCGUGACUCGUGAGGGGAGGGCAAUAUAUGAGGGUUUGUCGGUUUGGUUCGAUUUUUUCGGAUAAUCGCGGUUAAUAAUGGUCGGUUACUCGGUUAUCCGAAGCUUUGGUAUUCUCCUCCGUCCACCGACCGAAGCAAUUUUAGUCUCGGUUUUCGGUUAGCCGAAAACCGGUCGGUUCGAUUGUAACCGCCGGUUAUCCGCUAACCGGAAACCGAACUGCCAACCCUAACCAGGACACAAAAGAAUUUUUUAUUAAGAGGUUUGGAAGCCGAAGGUUAGUUUGCAAACCAUGAGGAGGAUUAGCAACAUAUUAAUUUUCUCUUUUAUUUCGGAAGCCAACUUACAUUCCAGGACUAAACUUUAGCCUACAUUGUUUCGUAAUUAAUUUUUUGUUUUGAAAUUAUAAUUUAUACUUAAUUUUGUU